AUGUCUUUAGUUACAAUUAAACCAACCGUUUCUAAGGAUAUUUCUACAGUUACAAACAGACAAAAAAUUGUUGAAGGAGAAAUAGCAAAAUCUGAUGAUCCAAAGUGUUUUCCAGAAAAAGCAUUAGUGUAUGUUAAAGGGCAUAAUUCCCCAAUUACAUUAAACAAACUCAAGGUAAGGGAUGAAGCACUUUCUUUUGAUACGAGUUCACAGCAGUUAGUUUACUCGCCAGUCGACAUGUUUGGGAACAAAGAUGGCAGCAUCAUCACAACAUUCAUAUAUAUCCAAACCUCAAACGGGUUUUCAGUUACAUUAUCAGCUAAACACAUGAUCAUGGUGGAAAAUAUAUCAAAUAUUGAUGUAAAAUUUGCUGAUCAAGUUUUAGUUGGAGAUACACUACUUCAAAUAGAGACGAAAGACAACAAAAUGAUAAUUGUCAAAGAAAAAGUAACAAAAAUUUCAAAUGUUAUCUCUAAAGGAAUAUACAGUCCAUUUACAAAAACGGGAACAAUUAUUGUAGAUAGCACAUUAGUGAGUUGUUAUGCCCAUGUUAGCAACCUUGAUCGAUUUGGUUUGUUCCGAAUCUCUGGACAGAAAUUGGCGCACAGCUUCCUUGCACCAUUUAGAGUUUUUUACGAUUUUGGAAUUAUAAGACCGAUGGAAAUUUCAAUUGGUCAAACAAUGCCUUUUAACAUCGAGGUAGCAUUGGAGAAGUUUCGAAGUUUUUUAAAGUUUUAAAAAAGCUACAUAACUUUUUUUAUUUUAAUGAAGUUACUAAUGAUUUUUAAUUACAUUAAUAUGUUAAAAAACAUGUUCAAAAGUAACAAUAAAUAAAAACGAAUACAA